AUGGACAGCAUCGUGCUGGAGGCCUUGGAUGGUGGUUGGAUGAGAGAUGCUUGGAUGAGAACCAUUCAAACCAAUGCUUCCCACUGCAUCCUUGAUUGGAUUGUCCUCCCUGCUCCUUCUUCGGCCAGCGACAACGACAACCCUUGUAAUCAUGGCUCUUCCUCCACCCUAUCCAGUUUGGAAAUGGUCUUUUGGACCUACUUAUUCUGCAUCCUCCUGACGGGUAUUCUUUUGCUAUUGUGCCAUCUUUAUCCUUCCAAGGAAUUGGAACUGGUAUUAGAUGACAGCUCCAUUGCGUCACAUGUCCAAUCGCUGCGGUCCAACCAAAACACUCUACGAAAGGUUGCCAUACUGGCAUUUCAACACUAUGCAAAAACCGAAAUAAUACCCAUCUUUCAAGAGCUGGCAGAUGUUCCACAACUAUUGGCAGUUUCCAUGGAUCUACGCUUUUUGCCACUUUCCAUCCUGACCUUCUUCUUGCAACAACCAGGAGCUCAGAAACUGAAAGAUUUGUCACUCUUCUUUCGACUCACAAGGGACACUGCUCAACAGCGGCAAGAGAUCGAGGUCAUGGCAACAGUCGUUCAAACUCAUCCUUCCCUAUCAUCCAUAUCCAUUGAAUCCUCCUGUCGGGGUAAUACUAGACCUACCUCUACUGCUACUACUGCCACCAAUGAUUGGCUGUUGGAUCCCUUGAUAUUGGCUCUUUCAAAUGUACCCACACUGCAUUCAUUAUUCAUUUACAAUCUACAAAGUUCGACAGACGUUUACAACAAACUCUUUCAAUCCACAACCCUUUGCACUCUGGAAAUAGCAGUCUACACGACAAGCACACAAUCCAUGACGAUGAUGCUGAGCCCUUCAACUGUAAAGCUGUUGGCAUCUAACGGGACUUUGAAAACGCUCAAGGUUCCAUUACUGCUCUCUCGGGAAACCUGCACAGCCUGGGCCCAUGUCAUUCAACACAACAAGUCUCUUCAUACGCUCACACUGAUCGGCUACUACUCAAGUCAACGCCAGCAGGGCUGUGCCGCCAACAAACAGAAUAUCAAAGGCACUUGCCUUCUUCCAGUAUUGAAGGCUCUGGCUUGCAAUUCUUCCAUUGAACACUUGACAGUGGAGAUUAUGAAUAGCUUCAAGGCUGGUGAAAACAACACGGACUACAACAAUGAUAGAGGCUUGCUACAAGAACACAACCAUCACUUCACGGCAGUCGACAACUACAACACCAACCACAAUAGUAGCCACAGCCUAACGCAAUUGACCACAAUCCUCAGUUCUCCAUGUGUGGUACGAGCAUUGGCAUGGAGCUUGACUCGGAACAAAGCCAUCAAGUCGAUUCGCAUAGGACCUUUUUCGGACAGUACCGCGGCAAUUCUGCAAGACACGCUCGUUCCGGCCAUCCAGUACAACUUGACAUUGGAAACACUGGAACUGUUUGCAUCCAACCGGUCGGUGGUUUGGAAAUCCCCCGUGGUGGAAUUUUAUUUGCAGUGCAAUCGGCUUGGUCGAGCCAAUGUGCUUCUUCAUCAGUCUUCAUCAUCACCUUCUUCUCUUGUCGACUUUUUGAUACAGCCUCAAGUGGAUGUCAGGACCAUGUUUCAUAUUCUAUCGGAACGGCCUGAAGCACUGAUGCAGUUAUCCCGCUGCUGA